CAAACAUGGCCGCCGCCGUCAGUCGGUAACGUCUCUGCGUCAAAGUGAACGUUAGAUUAACGCAAAAAUAACCGUAAAAACACCGACACACCGAACUGCACCUGAAGUCUCACCUCGACACCGACAUGCUCCAGGUACUCGGCGGGAGGACCGUCCCCGCGGCCCGGCUCCUCGCUCCCGGGAGCGCCGUGCUGGUGGAGGCGGUCCGGGGCAGAAAGUCCCGCACCGACCCGGUGGCCAAGUCCAAAGAGAACCGCAUCAAAGUGCCGCCUCCGGUGGACCCGGUGGAGAUGGUGGUCCUGAGGGAGAGGUUCUCGGAGUACCAGCAGAUCAUCAGGGCGCUCCGGUUUGAGUUUAAGGAGGAGGUGCUGCAGAGAAAGUAUAAUGAGGAGACGGGCUCCCUGGCGGAGGAGAGGGCGAGGCAGGAGUCGGAGGAGCAUCGCGCCCUCAUGGCCUUCAACGACCAGGAGAACCUCCGCAUUCUCAAACUCAGGCUCCAGAGGAUCCAGAAGGAAAACGAGGAGGCCGAGCGCAAGAAGCUGGAAGACGACAUUCAGCGUGAACAAGAGAUGCAAGAAUUCAUUAAAGAGAAAGAGAGGGAAAUUAUGAAAUUGCAGGAGGAAGCGAAGAACUUCAUCACCUUGGAGAACUUGGAUCAGCGAAUAGAAGACGCUCUGGACAAUCCCAAAAAUUACAACUUUGCCAUCGACAAAGAAGGACGAGUGGUCAAACAGACGAUUCUGCAGUGAAACGCCACACCGACCUGUCCUACGUCUCAGAGGACAGAUGUCCACUCUGGAAGCAGAUUUCUUCAACUUCAAACACAGAAAACAUUCAGCUCGAGGAGAUCGUCGAAUCUGUGAAACUAAGAAACAGCGGAGACAUUUUCUGCAGUUAACAUGCAGAAAAUGAUCGAAGUUUCAUUUACUGCAUUUCUUCAUGAUGUUCCUGCUUUAUAUUUUUCCUUAUUUGAGUGCUGUAUGUCAACAUAACAUGUUCUUUGAUUAUUAAUGUCUUCUCAUGACUGUCAAGUAAAUUAAUGUUCAUUGGAGUUUUCA